GUUGGACAGAACAUACAUUGACAAUACAUUAAAACAUAAAAACUACCAACAAUAGCUCCAAACUUCACCUUGGCGCAGAGUAGAGACCCCUAAAGUCUUCGACGUUAAGGAUCGAUCUCAGAAACCGAAGAUGGUGUGCGUCGCUUGUUUGCUUCCGCUGUUCCUGAUCCCGAUCGUAAACCUAUUGCCAGUCAUAUUCGAUCUCAUCAUGGCAAGAGUAUAUAGGAUUUUAGGGUGGGAAUAUCAGAAACCAGAACGUGCUCCAGCAGCAUGUCCUUAUAAACCUGUUGCUAACAAGACCAAUGAAAACGCUGCAAAAGAGCAUGACCCUAUUGUUGCUGAUGUCAUUCAUAAAGAAUUGCCAGUAGAUAAUCACAAACUUGAUUGAAGUCGAGUUAUUUGUGUAUCAAUCGCGUAUCUAAUGUUCUUUUAAGUUUCUUUGAAAACGCACUUAAAUGCAAACCAAAUUCUGUGUAAUUGCUUUGACACUUUAUGGAUCAUAUAUAUGUGGAUGGAAUUUCGAAAAUC